GUAGUGUCAAGUGAUGGCAUAAUAGAAUCUAUAGAGGUGAAUGAAGGACGCACAAAACGGUGUUUUGCGUUUUCAUAUUGGUUAGUAUCGAAGUGGCUGAGACAUUUCGUUUGUCAUUGUUGUCGCUCAGUAUCGUCACGGAAUAUCCCGAAACAUCGGCAACUAUCGGCUAUUGCAGGCGGGAAUCGUUUGGUAACUUCUGGUCAGAAGCAAAAUAACAAGGUUGUGCCAUUUUAUUUCAAGAUUUGCGAGCGUCAUUUGCAGUUGGAACCAUUGUGUUGCUUGUCUUCUUGUCUUAUUCGUGGAGGUUGUACGGCCGUUGCAAUCUUCGAAUACACUUACAUCUGCAUUACUCUCAUUGCAAUUAUAUUACGCUUACACAGCGGUGGACUUUCUCAGUUGUGGCCACCACUCAGAAUGUCCUAUAACUCAAUUGUAACACAUACUAUACUGCUUUAUACCAUGUUGGUUUAUGACUUGGUAAUCGUGACGAUGGCCACUGGUCUUCUUCGUGCGCUCUUAACUUUUGAUAAACAAAUCGUCCGAAUACACUUAUAUUUCGAUUAUUUUGCAUUAACAUUCAAUGUGAUCAUACUGCUACUAUUCCUUCCAGCCUUAUUCUUACCAAAUUCUGAAGCUCGCAAUUUUGCUAAUAUAUUAUUGACUCUAUGCUUUGUGACUCAAAUACCACUACAAAUCUGGGCAAUAACAGUGUUACGUUCAUGUCUAGAAUUUUUCGCUUUGGUGCAUGUAUUGGUUGAAUUGGCUGGAAGAUGAUUUAUACACGAAUGGGAUAUCUGAGGAUUGAUAGUAUUCCCAGAACAAAAGGUUAUGAUAUCUUAAUGAUCCUUCUUUUUUAUUUAAUGCCC